GAGCGGACUUUUGGCGCGAGAGUCUGAAACCGGUCCGCGGAGGCGGAGCAGUCGGGGCUCCUCGCCUUGGGUGCAGCUGGGCUUGUGGGGCGCCGCCCGAAGGAGCCUGAGGGGUCAGAUUUCUGAUUCAAGUACCGGCGCGGGUUUGGUCAGGUUACUCCGGCCGGAAAGAGCUGCUGCUCUGGAGGCGACUUAUUUACCGAGCGUUGGAGAAAUAUUGUAAAUGAAAAUGCCUGUUGGAUGCAAAGAGAGGCCAACUUUCUUUGAAAUCUUUAAGACGCGAUGCAACCAACCAGAUUUAGGGCCAGUAAGCCUUAACUGGUUUGAAGAACUUUCUUCAGAAGCUCCACCCUAUAAUUCUGAACCUGCAGAAGAAUCUGAAUAUAAAGUCAGCAGUUAUGAACCAAACCUAUUUAAAACACCACAAAGGAAACCUUAUCAUCAGUUGGCAUCAACACCGGUAACAUUCGAAGAGCAAGGUCUAAGCCUGCCACUGUACCAAUCUCCUUUAAAAGAAUUAGAUAAAUGCAAAUUAUGUUUGGGAACAGAUACUACCAGUAGUAAACAUAAAAGCUGUUGUACAAUGAAGGCUAAAAUGGAUCAAGCAAAUGAUGUUACCAGCCCACCUCUAAACUCUUGUCUUUGUGAAAGUCCUGUUCUACGAUGUGCACAUGUAACACCACAAAGAGGAAAGUCAGUGGCAUGUGCAAGUUUAUUUCAUACACCAAAGCUUAUAAAGGGUCAGACACCAAAACGAAUUUCUGAAAGUCUAGGAGCUGAGGUGGAUCCGGAAAUGUCUUGGUCAAGUUCUUUAGCCACACCACCAACCCGUAGUUCUACUGUGCUCAUAGUCAGAGAUGAGGAAGCUUCUGCCACUGUAUUUCCUGAUGACACUGCUGCUACUUGGAAAAGCUAUUUUUCUAACAAUGAUGAAAGUCUGAAGACAAUUGAUAGGUUGAUUCCUUCUGUACCAGAUAAUGAAAACAAAAAUCAGGGAGAAGCUAAAAGCCAUGGAUUGGGGAACACGUUAGGGAGUUCAUGUGGUAAAGUACAUAGCUGCAAGGACCAUUUUGGAAAUUGUAUGCCAAAUGUCAUGGAAGAUGAAGUGCAUGAAACAGUUGGAGAUGUUUCUGAAGGAGAUAGUGUUUCAUUAUGUGUUUCUAAAUAUAAAACAAGAAAUCAAAAAACAAGAAUUGGCAAUACCAGGAAAAAUAUUUUCAGUGAAACAAAAACCAGUGACUAUGAAGAAGCUAAAAAACAAAUGAAAGUAAAUGAACAUUCAUUUGCAUCUGAAAUGGAACGAAAUGACAGUGAUGCAUUAGAUUCAAAUGUAACGAAUCAGAAGCCGUUUGGGAAUGGAAAUGACGGGAUCUCCAAGGAAGCUCUGCCCUCCUCGGCCUCCGAAUGGUCUCAGCUAACCCACUCAGUUCUAAAUGGAACCCACAUGGAGAAAACACCCCUACGGCGUAUUUCUUCUUGUGACCAAAAUAAUGCAGAAAAAGACCUCAUAGACACAGAGAAAGAAUAUACCAACUUUAUUACAUCGGAAAAUUCUUUGCCACAUAUUUCAAGUGUACCAAACACAGAGAAGAUACUAAACGAGGAAACAGUGGUAAAUAAGAGAGCUGAAGGGCAGUGUGUUGCAUCUCAUGAAGAUUCCAUUCUUGUAAAGCAAAUGUCUGAAACUUCUCUAACACCUUCUCCACCUCAGGGUAUCAAAAAAUCUAUAUUGAGGAUAAAAGAAGAACCUGAAAAGACAUUCAGUCCAGUUUUCUCAAAUAAUAUGACUGAUCCAAACUUCAAAGAGUCUGAAGCUCCUGAAGGUAGAUUGGAAAUACAUACUCUUUGCUCACAGAAAGACGAUUCUUUAUGUACAAGUUCACCUGGUAUUAGAAGCUGGCCGGCCACUAUCAGACCUACUUCUGUGACUUUGAAGAAAGAGGGUUUAAUAUCCACUUUGAAAAAGAAAACAAAAAAGUUUAUUUAUGCUAUAAGUGAUAAGACAUCUUAUCAAGGACUAAAAAUACAAAAAGACCAAGAAACAGGACUAAUUAACUGUUCAGCCCAAUCUGAGGCAAACGGUGUUGAAGGACCACUUAAAUUUGCAGGUUUAUUGCAUUCUUCUGCAAAAAAAAACAGUUUACAGAAUGACUGUGAAGAACCAACUUUGUCUUUAACCAGCUCUUUUGGGACAAUUCUGAGAAAAUGUUCCAAUAAUGAAAGUAGUUCUUGUAAUAAUAAAAUGAUAUCUCAGGAUCUUAAUUAUGAAGAAGCAAAAAUUAAGGAAAAACUGCAGUCAUUUAUAACAACAGAAACGAACCGUCUGUCAUGCUUAAAGGAAAAGGAUUGUGAAGAUGAUCCAAAUAGCCAGAAAGUUUCAGAUAUAAAAGAAAAGGUCCUGCCUACAGUAGAUCAGCCUGCAGUGCCACAUUCAGAAGUGGAAUGGAGUAAUGUUCACCUGCAGCCCCAGAAAAGCUUUUCAUAUGACUGUGAGAAUUCCAGCAUUUUAACUCCUGGCUCCAAGGACCCUCCAUCAAACCCAGUUGUGAUUUCUGGCAGAAAAGAAUCAUAUAAAAUGUCAGAGAAACUAAAAUGUAAGAAUUUUAAAGCUGAUUUUGAAUUAACUAAAAAUAUUCCCAUGGAAAAGAAUCAAGAUAUAUGUGUUUUAAAUGAAAAUUCUAUAAAAGCUGAGCUGUUAUCACCUGGAAAAUACACAAGAGUAGCCUCACCUUCUUCAAAGGCACAAUUCAACCAAAAUACAAAUCCCAUUGUAAUCCAAAAAGACCAAGAAGAAACUACUUUAAUUUCAAAAAUAACUGUCUGUCCAAACUUUGAAGAACUUUUACCAGACCAUGAGAGUAAUUUUGUCUUUCAAACAACUAAUGAAAGGAAUAUUCCUGUCUUUGAGAAUGGGAAGGAACUUAACAAGGCAGACCUCAGUUGCGUAAGAGAACCUAUAAUCAAGAACUCUACCAAAGUACUAGGUACAGACAUAGAUGGCAAACAAACCAAGGUGCCCAUUACAAAAAAUUUUGAUUCCUCAACUACAGUCCAUGAUCCUACAGAGAAGAACAGAAAUAGUGUAGAACAGCAACUACGAAUGACACUAGGUCAGGAUUCAAAAUCACAAAUCACUUUGGAUAUAGAUACGAAAUCAAAUAGAAACGACGACUACAUGGACAAAUGGGCAGGACUCUCAGAUCCAAUUUCAAAUCACAGCUUUGGAAAUGGCUUCAGAACAGCUUCUAACAAAGAGAUAAAACUCUCUGAACACAACAUGAAGAAAAGUAAAAUGCUCUUCAAAGAUAUUGAAGAACAUUAUCCUACUAACAUAGCUAGUGUUGAAAUUGUAAAUACCAUACCAUCAGGAAGUCCAAAGAAACUAAGCAAACCUCAUGCAUUUGAUUCCCAGUCAAGUAAUAUUGUAUCUGGGUAUGUGCAGAGUAGUACGUUUGUUUCUGAGAGUGAAAACAGUCACACAACUCCUCUAAAUUUAAAGCAAGAUUUUAAUCCAAACCAUAAUUUAACACCUAGCCAAAAGGCAGAAAUUACAGAACUUUCUACUAUAUUGGAAGAAUCAGGAAGUCAGUUUGAAUUUACUCAGUUUAGAAAACCAAUCCACAUAAUACAAAGCAAUCCAUUUGAAAUGCCUGAAAAGCAGAUGACAGUCUUGAAUACCAUGUCUGAGGACUGGAAGGAUGUUGGUCAUCUUACAGUGAGUGCCCCAUCUGUCAGUCAGGUAGAUGGCAAGGAAUUUGAAGGUAUAGUUGGAGGUAAGCAAAAGGUGGCUUGCUUGUUGAAAACCAACUGUAACAAAAGUGCUUCUUGUAGUUUAACAGAUAAAAAGGAAGAGUUUGGAGGCUUUUAUUCUGCUCGUGGCACAAAACUGAAUGUUUCUAGUGAAGCACUGCAAAAAGCUGUGAAACUUUUCAGUGACUUUGAGAAUAUUAGUGAGGAAACUUCUGAAGAAGUAGAUCCAAGAAGUUUCUCUUCCAGUAAAUGUAAUGAUUCUGUUGUUGCAAUGUGUACGAGAGAAAAUUACAGUAAAAACUUAAAUGAGAAAAGUAAUAAAUGCCAACUCAUACUACAAAAUAAUAUUGAAAUGACUACUGGCAUUGUUGAAGAAAAUACUGAAGAUUACAAAAGAAAUAGAGAAAAUGGAGAUAAAUAUACAGGUGCCAACAGAAAUAUUUGUAACUUAGAAGAAUCUGAUGGCAAUGAUUCAGGUAAAAGUGAGACAGUUUGUAUUCAUAAAGAUGAAAAUGGCUUGCCAUGUAUUGAUCAGCACAACAUAUAUCUAAAAUUACCAAGCCAGUCUACAAAGGAGGGAAACAUUCAAAAUAAAGAAGAUUUGUCAGAUUUAACUUGUUUGGAAGUUGUGAAAGCUGAAGAAACGUUUUGUGUUAAUAUAUCAAAAAAAGAACAGUUAACUGCUUGUAAGAUGAAGCAAAGUAUGAAAGAUUUUGACAUCUUUGAUAUAUCCUUUCAGACUGCAAGUGGGAAAAAUAUCACAGUCUCCAAAGAGUCAUUUAAUAAAGUUGUAAGUUUCUUUGAUCAAAAAUGUACAGAAGAAGAAUUGAAUAGCUUUUCAGACGUCUUCGAUUCUGAAUUACUUCCUGGCAUAAAUAGCAAUAAAGUAGACAUUUUAAGUCAUGAGGAGACAGAUAUGGUUAAAGACAAAAUAUUGAAAGAAAGCGACCCAGAUAAUAUUGAUAAUCAAUUACUGAUUCUGCAGCAAAGACCAGAAUGUGAUAUUGAAAAGAUCAAAGAACCUACCACGUUGGGUUUUCAUACAGCUAGUGGGAAAAAAAUUAAAAUUGCGAAGGAAUCUUUGGACAAAGUGAAAAGUCUUUUUGAUGAACAAAAGCAAGAUUAUAGUGAAAUCACUAAUUUCAGCUACAAAGCAGCAAAGACACUAAAGGACAGAGAAGAAUGUAAAGCAGGGCUUGAAUUAGCCUGGGAAGCAGUUGAAAUAACAACUGCCCCGAAGAAUAAAGAAAUACAGAAUGCUCUAGAGGAGAAAAAACUUAUUUCUAAUGAGAUUGCCUUGCCACCUGAGCUCUUAAGUGAUAAUUCAUGCAGACAAACUGAAAAUCUCAAUCUAUCAAAUAUUAUCUCUCUGGAAGUUAAAGUACAUGAAAAUAGAGACAAAGAAACAUCAAAAAGUCCAACAACUUGUUAUACAAGUCAGUCCACUAGCUCAGCCAUUGAAAAUUCAGCUUUAGCGUUUUACACAGGACAUGGUAGGAAAAUUUCUGUGAGUCAGGCUUCACUAUUUGAAGCAAAGAAAUGGCUUAGAGAAGAAAAAUUGGACGAUCAGUCAGGAAAAAUAAAUGCUGCCCAGGUCAUAUGUUUAAAAGAGUAUCCUGAGGAUUAUGUAGGAAGUCCUCCAUGUGGGUAUAGUUCAAAUAGUAUCAUACCUGAAAAGAACAGAAAUCAUCUCUCUGAAAAACAAGAUUUAACAUAUUUAAGUAAGAGCAUGUCUAACCGUUCUGAUUUUUACCAUUCUAGUCAAGUAUAUACUAAAUCAGAAUAUCUCUCAAAAAAUAAAACUGCUAAUUCUGGUCUUGAGCCAAUUGUGAGAGAAAAAGACACUGGUUUUUCUGAAGUAAUGUCCGCUGUAAGAGAAGCAAACACACACCCACAAACUCUAAAUGAAGAUACUUGUGGUCAGAAAACUGUGACUAACUCUUCAUCACACAAGAAUAGAAACACAGCUACUAAAGUACCCAUAUCUGAAUCAAGCAAUUUUGAGAUAGAGCCACCUACAUUGAGUAAAGCAAGUGGUAGAAGAGUCUUUUUUUCACAUGAAACAACAGUGAGAGAAAGAUUUACAGACACCUGCAGUGAAGAGAUUGAGCAAAGCACUGAAAGUAAGUCAGGCACGCACCAAACAGCAACUGUGGCAGGUUAUCAUAACACUUCGGAAGAUUCCGAGGAUAUUAUUUUUCCUAACUCUCUGGAUAGUAAAGAACAUAGUAUGCAUUCACAUAAGGUUUUUGCUGACAUGCAAAGUGAACAAAUUGUACAACACAACCGAAGUACGUCUGGUUUAGAGACUGUUCCUGAAAUGUCACCUUGUCAGAUUAAUUUUAAAACAGCCCCCUCUGACAUAUGUAAAUAUAAUAUGGGGAAGCUUCCCGAGUCAGUCUCUUCUAUGAAUGCCUGUGGGAUUUUUAGCACAGCAAGUGGAAAGUCUGUACAAGUAUCAGAUGCUUCAUUACAAAAGGCAAGACAGGUAUUUUCUAAGAUAGAAGAAAGUGCCAAGCAACUCUCUUCCAAAGUACCAUUUAAAAGUAAUGAAGAACAUUCAGGCAAGUUCGCAAGAGAAGAAAAUACUAUAACACAUACUCCCCCAAAUUUGCUGUCUUCUGCUUUCUCUGGAUUUAGUACAGCAAGUGGAAAACAGGUUCCAGUUUCUGAACGUGCCUUACACAAAGUUAAGGGAAUGUUGCAGGAAUCUGAUUUAGUCAGAACUGAAUAUAGUCUUCAGCAUUCAUCUACAUCUACAGAAGAUUUAUCAAAAAUACUUCUUCUAUCUUGUAUUGAUGUGAGAACCCCAGACCACUCUGUAAACUCCAAAGUGGAAAAAGCCUACAGUAAGGAAUGUAAAUUAUCAAAUAACUAUGACAUCGAAAGUGAUUCUUCAGAAGGUAAUUGCUCAGUUAAAGUUUCUCCAUCUCUCUCUCAGUUAAAGCAAGACAAACAACAGUUGGUAUUAGGAACCAAAGUAUCACGUGUUCAGAACAUUCAUCUGGGAAAAGAACAAGCAUUGCCUAAAAAUAUAAAAAUGGAAAUUGGGAAAACUAAAACUUUGCCUGAUUUUCCUGUGAACACAAAUACAGAAAUUUGUUCUGCUUACUCCAAAGACCCAGGAAACUAUUUGGAAACAGAAGCAGUAGAGAUUGCCAAAGCUUUUAUGGAAGAUGGAGAGCUGACAGAUUCUGAAUUGCUAAGUCAUGCCAAACACACACUCUUUACAUGCCAAAACAACAAGGAAACAGUUCUGUUGAAUUCAAGAAUUGGAAAAAGAAGAGGAGAAUCACUUGUCUCAACUGGAGAAGCCCCGAUCAAAAGAAACUUAAUAAAUGAAUUUGACAGGACAAAAGAAAACCAAGAAAAACCCUUAAAGCCUUCAAAAAGCACUCCAGAUGGCACAAUCAAAGAUAGAAGAUUAUUUAUGCAUCACAUUUCUUUAGAGCCAAUUACCUGUGGACCCCUCCGCACAACUAAGGAGUGGCAAGAAAUACAGAGGCCAAAUUUUACUGCUCCUGAUCAAGAAUUUCUCUCUCAAUCUCACUUUUAUGAACACCUGACUUUUGAAAAAUCCUCAAGCAAUUCUUCAGUUGCCAGGCAGCCAUUUUGUAAGGUUCCUGCCACAAGAAAUGAAAAACGGAGACACUCGAUUGCUACAGGCAAACCGAUGAAAGUCUUCAUCCCCCCUUUUAAAACGAAAUCACAUUUUCACAGAGAUGAGCAGUGUGUUAGCAGGAAUGCUGAUUUGGAGGAAAACAAGCAAAAACGAAAAACCGUAGGUGAACAUGGCUCUGGUGAGAGAGAAAGCAGUAUUAAUGACAGUGAAAUUCAUCAGCUGAACAAAAAUAACUCCAAUCAAGCAGCAACUCUGAUUUCCACAAAGCGUAAAGAGGAACCUUUAGAUUUAAUUACAAAUCUUCAGAAUGCCAGAGAUACACAGGAUAUGCGAAUUAAAAAGAAACAAAGACAACGUGUUUUUCCACAGCCAGGCAGUCUGUAUCUUGCAAAAACAUCUGCUAUGCCUAGAAUCUCUCUGAAAGUAGCAGUAGAAGGCCGAGUUCCCUCAGCAUGUUCUCACAAACAGCUAUAUAUGUUUGGCGUUUCUAAACAUUGCAUAAAAAUUAACAGCAAAAAUGCAGAGUCUUUUCAGUUUCACAGUCAGGAUUAUUUUGGUAAGGAAGGUUUAUGGGCUGGAAGAGGAAUGCAGUUGGCUGACGGUGGAUGGCUCAUACCCGCCAGUGACGGAAAGGCUGGAAAAGAAGAAUUUUAUAGGGCUCUGUGCGACACCCCAGGUGUGGAUCCCAAGCUUAUUUCUGGAGUUUGGGUUUCUAAUCACUAUAGAUGGAUUAUAUGGAAACUGGCAGCUAUGGAAUUCGCCUUUCCUAAGGAAUUUGCUAAUAGAUGCCUAAGCCCAGAAAGGGUACUUCUUCAACUAAAAUACAGAUACGAUCUGGAAAUUGAUAGAUGCAGAAGAUCAGCUAUAAAAAAGAUAAUGGAAAGGGAUGACACAGCUGCAAAAACGCUUGUUCUCUGUAUUUCUGGGAUAAUCUCCCCAAGCACAGAUACAUCUGAAACCUCUAACAGUAAAACAAGUAGUGUGGAUACCAAAAAAGUGGGUGCCAUCGAACUUACAGAUGGGUGGUACGCAAUUAAGGCCCAGCUAGACCCUCCCCUCCUAGCUCUCUUAAAGAACGGCAGGCUGACUGUGGGUCAGAAGAUCAUCAUUCAAGGAGCAGAACUGGUGGGUUCUCCUGAGGCUUGUACACCUCUUGAAGCCCCAGAAUCUCUUAUGUUAAAGAUUUCUGCCAACAGCACUCGGCCUGCUUGCUGGUAUGCCAAACUGGGCUUCUCUCCUGAUCCUAGACCUUUUCCUCUCCCCUUGUCAUCCCUCUUCAGUGAUGGAGGAAACGUCGGUUGUGUUGAUGUAGUUGUUCAGAGAGCAUACCCUGUCCAGUGGAUGGAGAAGACAUCAUCUGGAUUGUAUGUAUUUCGCAGUGAGAAAGAAGAAGAAAAGGAAGCAACAAAAUACGCAGAGGCCCAACAAAAGAAACUGGAAGCCUUAUUCACUAAAAUUCAAGUGGAAUUUGAAGAGCAGGAAGAAAAUAUAACAAAGCAAUGUGGACUGUCACGUGCACUAACAAGACAACAAAUCCAUGCGCUGCAGGACGGUGCCGAGCUUUACGAAGCAGUGAAGAGUGCCCCAGACCCAAGUUACCUUGAGGGUUAUUUUAGUGAAGAGCAGCUAAGAACGUUGAAUAAUCACAGACAGAUGUUGAAUGAUAAGAAGCAAGCACAGAUGCAGUUGGAAUUCACGAAGGCUGUGGGAUCUGCUGAGCAAGGGGAACAGAGUUUAUCAAGGAAUGUUACAAGUGUAUGGAAGUUACGUAUCAUAAGCUAUGAGAAAAAAGAGAAAGAUUCAGUUAUACUGAGUAUCUGGCGUCCAUCAUCAGAUUUAUAUUCCCUGUUAACAGAGGGAAAGAGAUACAGAAUCUAUCAUCUUGCAACAUCAAAAUCUAAAAGUAAAUCUGAAAGAACUAGCAUACAGUUAACAGCAACAAAAAAAACUCAGUACCAACAACUGCCGGCUUCAGAUGAAAUCCUAUUCCAAGUUUAUCAGCCGAGAGAGCCCCUUCACUUCAACAAAUUACUGGAUCCCGACUUCCAGCCACCUUGUUCGGAGGUGGACGUGAUAGGAUUUGUAGUUUCUAUUGUGAAGAAAAUAGGUCUUCCUCCUUUGGUCUAUUUGUCAGACGAAUGUCAUAAUUUACUGGCAAUAAAGUUCUGGACAGAUGUUAACAAAGACAUUGUUAAACCUCACAUGUUAAUUGCUGUGAGCAACCUCCAGUGGCGACCAGAAUCCAAAUCAAGAAUUCCUACUUUAUUGGCUGGAGAUUUUUCCAUGUUUUCUGCCAGUCCAAAGGAGAGCCAUUUUCAGGAGACAUUCUACAAAAUGAAAGAUACUGUUCAGAAUAUUACUGUAUUUUGCACCGAUGCAGAAAAUAAGCUUAUGCAUAUACUUAACACAAAUGAUCCCAAGUGGUCUACCCCAGCCAGAGACUGUACCCCAGGGCCGCACACAGCUCAGACGGUCCCGGGUACCGGAGAUAUGCUACUGAUGUCUUCACCCAAUAGUGAUAAAAAUUAUCAAAGUCCUUUACCACUUUGUAAGCAAAAAAGAAAGCCUGCUCCCACGUGUGUAGCAGCCCCAGUGAGUUCAGAGCCGUCUUGUAAAGGGGAGAAAGAGACCGAUGACCCAAGGAACUGCAGGAAGAGAAAAGCCCUGGAUUUCUUGAGUAGACUGCCUGUACCUCCGCCUGUUAGUCCCAUUUGUACAUUUGUGUCUCCAGCUGCCCAGAAGGCAUUUCAGCCACCACGGCGUUGUGGCACCAAAUAUAAAACACCUAUAAAGGAAAAAGAGUUGAAUUCUCCUCAGAUGACGCCACUUAAAAAAUGUAAUGACAUGUCUCUUUUGGAAAGCGAUUCAAUAGCUGAUGAAGAACUUGCCCUGAUAAAUACCCAAACCCUUUUAUCUGCUUCAAGAGGAGACAGUCAACUUAGACCUGCCAUGGACUCCACUAAGACUGCUCCCGCUAGAUCAGAAGACCGUCUCCAACUGCAAGGGCUUGACACUGCGUCUGUGGUCAGAGAGCAAGACGCUCCCCGAACCAGCACCGAAGAACAGGAGACUGAUGUGCCCGACACAAGCACAAAGCAGGGUGUAUCGCAGAGACUGCAAAGGCGACCAAAAAGGAAGUGACCACAGAUUAGUUACUGGCUCCUGACCUCUCCAGUCUGUACAGCAUAUACCGUUUCACACUGUACGUCAAUGUUUGCGUGAGAGAAGAAACAGGUGCAGAUUGCCUAAGUGUUGUAUAUCCUAGGAGUGCUCUUUGCCCGCUUCUGUACUGGUGUACUUUAUUUCAGUUCCGUGUCAUAAAGCCGAAUGUAAUUUAUUAACUAAUCAAGAAAACAAUCUCCUUUAAGUCUUUAUGACUGGAUUUGAUCACUACAACUAUUAGUUUACAAAUGAAGUAAACAUACCUUUUUCUUUUAGAUUAUGUCCUUAAUUAAAUUAAUCUAGGUUUCCAAUACAGUUA